AUGGAGGAUCAAACGGAGAUGAGUUUCACGUAUGAGCCAGAUAGCUUCUCUGAGAAGAAAGGUUUCAUACCUACGAGUUUCACGUUUGAGAUAGAUAACUUCUCCGAGAAGGAAGGUUUCAUACAAUCUCCAAAUUUCCCUAGCGGCGGCUGUGAAUGGUUUAUUGCCGUUGAACCCAAAAGAAAUGACAGUGGAGAUAUGUCUCUCGUCCUCUGCCUCUGCGUUGCGGAUUCUGAAUCAUUGCGUUUUGGAUGGAGAAGGAGAGCUGUUUACUCCUUCAUUCUGUUGAAUCAAUCAGGCCAAGAGCUAUACACAACUGGUGAAUCGCCGUGCCAAUUGUUCUGCGCUCAUUUCGCAGGACGUGGUAGAACAAAGUCCUUCUCACGUAAAAAGCUUCAAAAGAAAGGGAUUGUGGAGAAGAACAAACUCAUUGUUAAAGUGGAAGUAAAAGUAGUUGAAGUUGUUGAUGAUGGAGAUGUCAGUGGGAAUGAGAUUGUAGAUUUUGAUGGUUUCCAAAUUCGUUAUUCUCAGGUUUUAUCCGUGGCUACGCUUUUCAAGGAACACCCACGCUUUGCAAAAAAUUUCAGACCAAACAGCCACGUGUUGAAGACAACAUACAUGAAUCUCCUUCUCAGUCUCAUCGAGACACUGAACAAGAAGCCUCCACAUAGCUUCUCGGAGACUGAGCUAAGAAACGCUCGCAGCGAGUUGGCCGAUCUAACAGACGCAGGAUUCAAACUAGAUUGGUUGAAGACAAAACUUGAUGAGGUUGCCUUGGAGUGCAAGAAAUCAAACAUUGAUGGUAAUCAAGUCCAAGAACUUGAGAAACACAUCAAGAGUCUCAAAGCUGAACUGGAAAUGGAGAAGACCAAAUCUGCUGGUAAGUUUCUGUGGGUGGAGCAGGCAAUGUUGAAUCUCAGUUCUGAGAUGAACAAGAAGCGGAAAUUAAACCCUCAAUGA